AUGGGAAACAACGAUAUCUUCUCCCUCACGCCGACCCUUACACAGGGCCUCGUGCUAGGUCAACUCUCAAUCUUGGUUCUCCUCGAGCUUGUUCUCAAAUACCUCCUUUCGUGGCAUCAAGACGUAGAGGAGGAGGACACAGAUAGUGCUCCAGAAACAGAGUCAGCGUAUUGGUUCAAUAUAUUUGCAAGGCAGGUUGUGGAGGUGUACAGAGCUAAGCUUCAGAAGGAUCUUACAGGAUAUGAGGUAAGAACCACGAUACAUUCCGUAACCCUAGGAAUGUCUGCGCCCAAAUCCAUUUUACCAGAUAGACAGGCAAUCGAAUUCGACUUGUCACAUCUAGACACCAUUUCGGCCUCACUGUCUACGUCCUAUCUCCUUAUGUACCCAAUGUCUUUGGAGCGCAAGGAGUCACGGUCUGUAGUAGCCCCCAUUUUGACCAUAUCGUUGCCACAAGACUUUACUCUUAAUCGUAAGACAACGUCGCUCAUGGGCAGUCGAGCAAUGCUCAGAGCCAUGUCAAAACUUCAUGUGAUGAUUGAACAUCAGGUCAGGAAUGUACUAGCCCUCCGACGAGCGUGGAGAAUUGUUCUUCCUGGGCUCAUGGUGAAGGGAUCAUUUAUCCGUGCUACUCUAACGCCGAAGUGA